AUGACUGGAAAGCAGAUCGCCGCCGCACUAGAAGGCCUGAUUAACGCGUUGGGCUUCACCGGCGGCCGCCAACGGCAGUCAAGGCGCACGAGAGGCCAGCGGCAAGGGAUGAUGCUCCAGUGCUACAACUGCCAGCAGCUGGGGCACACCGCGCGCGGGUGUAAGAACGCCGUCGCGUGCUUAAAGUGCGCGGCGGCCCACGACACCCGCAGCUGCACGAAACCUCGUGGGGUGGCUUGUAGCUGCGCGAACUGCGGCGGGCCACACGCCGCCAACUCGCGUAGCUGCGGCUACCUCCGCGAGUCACGCCGUCUACCCGCCGCACCACGCCCUGCGGCGACAUCAAGCGCCUCGACGGCCGCCCCGCCCCCCCGCUCCGGCGAGGGGUGCGAGCCGCGCCGUCUUGAAUCCGUCACCGACCACGCCGUGGCCGGCUUCCAAGCCGCCUUUGCGGCCGAAAGGGCCGCACUGAAGGAGGAGCUCGCAGCAGUCCAUCGCCAGCUCCAACAGCUGCGCGAUGAGCUGCGGGCUAACAAGAAGAAGCCGCCAGUUCCCGCCGCCGCCCCUGCCGUGAGUCGUCCGGUGGGGGUAGCCGUAGCCACGCAAACACCCGCCGCUGUGAGUCGUCCGGUGGGGGUCGACGUGGCCACGCAAACGGCAGCCGCUCCCCCUCCCGCAGCAAUGCAGGAGGUGGCGCCCAUGGACACGGAUGAUGUGCCGCCUCGGCUGCCACCCUCCGCGGUGGCAGCCGCCAGCAAGGGCGCUAAGGCGCCCCCUGUCUCCUCGCAAGCCGAGAAGCCAACGAAGAAGAGGAGGAUUCACCUGCCUUUUCCUGACGUGACCAACGUGCAGGUUGUCCUGAAGGACAUUACCGCGGCACUGAAGAAUGGGUCCUACCCCUACGCCGACCAACCAUAUCCCUUCACUCCGCCAGACCAGCCCAUACCUUCCCUUCCCCAUCGGCCGCUCCCCCUGCGCACCGUGACGCAUUUAUGGAAGUGCUCACAAAGAAGGAAAUAG